AUGCGACAGGCGAUGGGGAACGUUGGAGCGGCGCUUUACUUAAACGGUGUUGGCGGUCGCCAGUUUGACACGUUCCUCGGAUUACUUGGGAGUGGGGGGCAUGUGGUGUCAUACGGUGCACAAAAUGGUGUGGGCAUGAUGAUAUCGGGAUCAAAUCUUAUCUAUAACGAGGUGACGAUGCAAGGAUUUUUUCUGCCCUCAUUCCUUGCGGGUCUUUCAUACAGCGAGCGACAGACAAAAUUAGACUUCGUGCUUCAGCAGCUUUUAUCUGCCGGGUUCAGCUACCCUACAUCAUCGGCCGCGUCUCUUGAUGAACUGCCAAGAGUGUGGGACGACGCCUUUGUGCAUGGUGGAAAGAAGGGUGUGGUUAUUAUAGGCAAGUAA